CUGAAGCCAAAUGAACCAUAGGGGCCCGCAGGGACUCUGAGACCAGUCUGAGAGCACCCAGGGGAUAAAGCAGCCAAGAAUAGCAACAGGAUCAGAACAACUGAAUGUUGAAGUCUUCAGCAUACAGCAGAAACAGAGCAGUAAGUGAAGGCAGCCCCCUUGUUUGAGCUGAGGAUGUCUCUGAUGAUGUUGGCACUUGUCUUGGCCGUGGUCUUCAUGGGCCCCUCCCCUAACAUGGCAGCCCCUACAGGUCUGACGAAUGAUGACGCUUUUGACCUUGAAAAUUACAUCCUGAACAGUGAGAUGGACUGGGAGAACCAAGAUGUCAACAUUUACGGAGACAGUUAUGAUUAUGAUGACUUGGACCAAGAGAUUGAGGUGGGCACCGUAGCUCCAGACCCCCCCUCUGCAGCAAGCCUGCCCACAGCUGACUACCAUGCGGAGGAGCUGACCCUGCCUCCAGCUCCCGUCACUCUGGACUUCAAGGGACCGGGUCUCUUUGGCCCUGAUACUGGCCUUGGUAUGCCUACCUGCUUGCUGUGUGUGUGUAUUGGUGGGAGUGUGUACUGUGAUGACAUUGGCCUGGAUCAGAUCCCACUCCUUCCCAAAAGCACCACCCAUUUUUAUGGCCGCUUCAACAACAUUCGACAUGUGAAGAACACAGACUUUAACUACCUCAAUCAACUCCAGUCCAUUGAUCUGACAGGGAACCAGAUUUCAGGGAUGGAUGAGGAUGUGUUUCGCUCUCUGCCACAGCUCCACCAGUUACUGCUGGUUGAUAACAACCUGCAGGCACUGCCUGAGCUGCCAGUCACCAUGAAACACAUCGAUCUACGCAACAACAGGCUGAUCAGUAACGGGGUACAUUCUGAGGGAUUCAAGGACAUGAGCCAGCUGGAGUUCCUCUAUCUGUCGGACAAUAAACUGGAUUACAUUCCUGUACCGCUGCCCCUGGGUUUGAGAGUUUUACACCUGCAGAAUAACAACAUCCAGACCCUGCAGGAGGACACCUUCUGUAACAGCCACGACCGAAACUUCAUCCGCCGUAAGCUGGAGGAUAUCCGCCUGGAUGGCAACCCCCUGAACAUCCAGCUGUUUCCCCAGGCCUACAUCUGCCUGCCCCGCUUGCCUGUAGGGAGCCACUGAGAGAUGGAGAGGCCAGGAGGUCGAGGACAGAAGGGAUGGAGGCCAUAGAUACGGUUAUGGGGUUGGAAAAUGUGAGGUUACUCAGAUAAACUCUUAUUAGUCAUGUCAUAGUUAAAAUAAUGUUCUUGGAUAUAUUUUAUUCUGUGUCCCAACUUUUCAACACACACACACACACACACACACGUCUGUAUUUUCAAAGUUAGCUGCGAGUGUUCGUGUUCCAGCACCAGAAGACCUGUGGAAACUGUACCGCUGUUGAAAUACUGUGAUAGUGUCAAAUGACUGGAAUAAUUAUAAAUAUUACAAAUAAU